AUGAUAGUGAAGGUGUCACUACUUCUGGUCGCCAGUGCGGCUCUGGCUUCCUGCGGCAGUCAGGCCAAGACUGACCUGAACGCUGUCGCAGAGGAAUACGACUACAUUGUAAUCGGCGGAGGAACAAGUGGGCUCGUCGUGGCUAACAGACUGAGCGAGAACCCAGCCAAAACUGUCCUGGUCGUCGAGUACGGUGACUUUCCAAACACCAUCAACGUUACUGUACCAUACUUCACUACCUACGACCAGUCGGCUCGCCUCUAUAAUGUGACUUCGGUUCCUCAAGUCCAUCUCGGAAACCGGACCUCGCGACUCCGUAUCGGCGCUACUGUUGGCGGAGGAUCAAGCGUUAAUGGCAUGGCCUGGGAUCGAGGCUCAGUCGCCGACUAUGAUGCGUGGGAAGCACUGGGGAAUCCUGGAUGGGGCUGGAACAACAUGCUGAAGUACUUUCGAAAGUCUUCAACAUUUGCUCCUCCCUCCCAGGAAUAUGUUGACAAGUAUGCUUACGACUGGAACCGAGAUGCGUAUGGAAAUGGCCCCAUCCAAGUUGGAUUCCCUUCAUGGCAGUGGCCUGCGGCUGACCUGCAAGCUCGAGCCUGGGCCGAAGACAUGAAAGUCCCAAGGUUAAAGGAUGGAUCCGAUGGCGACAACGUCGGGAUUGCUUGGCUACCUCAAAACUCCGGCGGGAAGAACGCCACGCGCUCGACAUCUGAAACUGCAUACUUUAACCCGGUCAGUGACCGCAGCAAUCUUCAUCUUCUUGUACGACACUACGGCGGUGCGAUCAGUUUCGAAGGCAAUGCGACGGCCGGAGUUGAUGUUGCGAGCCGCGAUGGAACAAGAACGCGAUUUGUGAGAUCGCGAAACGUGGUUCUAGCGGCUGGGGCCGUCAACACACCGCGGAUUCUUCAACUUUCCGGAAUCGGCCCCUCGAAGCUUUUGAAAGGCCUCGGCAUCAAUGUUACUGUCGAUUCUCCUGGCGUUGGCGCCAACUUUCAGGACCAUCCAUCCGUCUACAUGGUCUAUGACUUUGCCAAUGACACGUCUGUAAACCCAACAUUGAUGAACAACGCAACAUUCUACAAUCAUUCAUGGGCUGAAUAUCUAGCCAAUAAGACUGGACCUCACUCGCAUGCUUGGGGGAACAAGGUGGUGUUCACGUCAUUGCGAGAUCUUGACUCGAGCAACUAUCAGAUUAUUGCCGACGCUCUCAGCCAGCAAGAACCCCUGCAACACUUGCCACAAGUGUACGCCGAGAACCCGGCAUUAGUGAAAGGAUUCGAACAACAAAGAGAUGCUCUGAAAAAGCAGUUCUUGAACCCGAAAGCGGGGGUGGUAGAGAUCACGUUUGGCGGCGCCGAGUCCGUUCCGGUGGCUCUUCAAAAGCCAUUGUCAAGAGGCACAAUCGCUAUCAACAGCACGAAUCCAGACCCGUCAAUCGCCCCUCUAGUCGACUUCAACACUAUCUCCAAUCCGAUCGACAGCCUCAUACUCAUCCGAGCCGUAGCGAAGGCACGCGCGUUCAUGUCCAGUCCCAGUGUAAAGUCUCUUGCUGCGGUUGAGAUGAUGCCUGGUCCAGGCGCCGCGAGCGAUGCUGAGAUUGAGGCAAUUAUGCGCCAGUCCUGGGUGUCCUCGAGUUUCGAUCAUCCUGCUGGGACAGCGGCCAUGAUGCCUAAGGAGUGGGGUGGCGUUGUUGAUAGCAAGCUACGGGUGUAUGGUGUGAAGGGGCUUUGGGUUGUAGACACGAGUGUCAUGCCUAUCUUGCCCGCAGCCCACACGCAGGCUACCGUGUACGCAGUAGCCGAGUAUGCUGCCGACAUCAUCAAAGCCAACGGCAAUAUGACGGCCGUUUGA